AUGCAUGAAGCUCAGACAAGGAGUUUGCACCUAUAUUUUGGAGGUCAGAAUAAGAAGACUGAAUUUAAUUCUGUUGGACAAAGGAAGGCUAUCAAAGUCUUUAUAGCAGGAGAACUUAGUAUUUCAGAUGAUUUGAAGAUUGGCUUUUUCUGCACAGAUCAUGCUACUCAAACAGAUUACAGUGAAAUUCUGCCACUAAAAGAGUUGAGUUCAUCUACAGAAAAGCUAAUACGGAUUAUUAGAUCUCUUCAAGUGGAUUUUGGGUUCCUCAAACAAUUGCUUCAGUUGAAAUUUGAGGACAGUCUUAAAGAAGAGUCUUUCAAUCUCUUCACUGCUCUACAUGACAGGAUCCUAACAAUCGAAAAACAUUAUCAAGAGAAUGAGGACAUCAUAAGAAAAUGCUACAAUCAGCAGUUGGCUGAUGCCAUAGCUGUUAUCAAAGGAAUGUAUAAGCAAUUCUUUGAGGUGGAAGAAGAGACUUUUGUGCAAGAAUCAACUACUAUCAAAAUGAGUGUUUUGUUAAAAAAACUGAAGGAUAGAGAAGAAGUUAUUAAGGAAUUAAGAGAAGAACUAGACCAAUACAAAGAGUCUAGACUUCAAAAAUGUGAAAAAUUCUCAAAGGGUUCCCCUGCUCCCAAGACGAUGCUAGAGAGGGAAAAUUUGGAGUACAAAGUGGCAAACAAGAGACUGCUUCAGAUCAUUUCAGAACUUGAAGAAGCAAUCCGACUCAAUCUAAAGGAAAAUUCAGUAUUAGGAGAUGAAAUUGUAAGUCUGAAAGAGAAGGCAGAAAAGAAUCAUAAAACUAUUCAAAAGCUAAUUGAUGGUAGAGACAGAUUACUAUGUGAGCUCGAUUAUGAAAAAUCAUUAGUUCAAGAAAUGAUUAAUAAACAGAAGGAGGACAUGGAAACAAGGAAAAAGUUGGACAGCCUAGGUGGCAAGAGCCUGAAACUAGUCAAGGCGAAAGAGACUGCUGUGUCCCCGUGGCCCUUACAGCCCAGGAUUCCAUCCAGACCUAGAGCAAGUUCAAGACCACACUCACCCUCCAUCAGUGUCUCAACUGUGAACACCAGGAAAGUUAAGACUCCAAAGAAAUCUGCAAAGGAAGAGCAGCCUGUGAUUGAAGACAGAUACAUUUUGGAGGAGCAAAUACAAGUACUAAAGGCUAAUUUAGAAAAAGAGAAAAAGAAGACAGAAAGAUUUAAGAAAGAAUCAGAACAGAUAAACAAAAACUGGGAAAAGAAAUUCUAUAUUCUCAGAAAUAGCUUUCAUGUCCUUAAAGAUGAGAUGUUUACUAGGCACACAUUGUUUCGUCAGUUUGCAGUACUUGCUGAUACGUCCUUCAAUUAUAUUAAAUUAAAACCUUUAUUUGUGCAGUCUAAAAUGAACUUGAUAACAGGUUCUAUAUCUUCUGGAAGUGAUCAAACACCUUUGAUGGACAAGGACAUGGAUGUAGUCAGUGAUCAGAUAUUUUUCUCCCCUUUAUCAAAAGCACGGGGGAUUAUUGUAACCUAUCUGGUGAUGGACCCCGAAUCGAACUCUUUAAAGUCACCGUUGUAUUGA